AUGCCCAGCAUACAAACUGCUAUUUGUGGUGUUGUCUUUCCUUCAAGUAAUGAUGAUGAUUCUGUCAAGAGGAAACUCUCUCCUAAUGGAGUCUUCAAUUCCAGGAGAUUGCAGGAGGAACUUGGAGUAAGGAAUAGCAGAGUAGAUUGGUUUGAGCACGUUUGGGGCCACUCCAUGUCCCUAG